AUGGGUAUCAGUGACGCAGAAAGGUUAACGCGGCCGCCGCCCACGGCGCCGCCUCCGGCGCCGCCUCCCUAUGCGUCACGCUCAUCCGCCUUCUCGCUGAUCCCUGAAAGGGUGAGGAAAAGACUGACCAUGACCUUUCCGGUCUUUGAGACUUCCGAGGGAGGACGGGUCCAUGCCCCUGUUGAGUUUACUCAGAUUAAGGAGUUGGCAGAUUCAGUUAGAAAGUAUGGAGUCACGGCCAACUUCACCCUUACACAGCUUGACAGGCUGGCUAUGACAGCACUGACGCCCACAGACUGGCAAAUGAUUGCGAAGGCUGCCCUUACCAGUAUGGGCCAAUUUAUAGAAUGGAAGGCGCUUUGGUAUGAGGCAGCCCAAACGCAGGCUAGAGCAAACGCUACGGCCCUAACACCUGAACAACAAGAAUGGACUUUUGAGCUUUUGACAGGACAGGGUCGUUAUGCGGCUAACCAAUCUGCUUAUCAUUGGGGCGCAUAUGCUCAGAUUUCUAACGCGGCUAUUAGAGCCUGGAAGGCGCUCUCCAGGAAAGGAGGGGCCGAUAGUCAGCUUACAAAGAUUAUUCAGGGACCCCAGGAACCUUUUUCGGAUUUCGUGGCUAGAAUGACAGAGGCUGCAGGACGGAUCUUUGGCGAUCCUGAACAAGCCGCGCCACUCAUAGAACAGCUUGUCUUCGAGCAGGCCACCCAAGAGUGCCGCACAGCCAUAGCACCUAGGAAAAGUAAGGGGUUACAAGAUUGGCUCCGGAUCUGCAGGGAGCUUGGAGGACCCCUUACCAAUGCUGGGCUGGCGGCUGCUAUCUUAUCACAGAGACAGCUAAAGCCGAAACCAGACAAGAGAGCUUGUUUUAAGUGCGGCCGGGUGGGACAUUUAAAAAAGGACUGCCGAGCCCCAGAUAGAGAUGGAGCCUCCCUUUGCUCCCGCUGCAGCAAGGGAUAUCAUAAAGCUAGUCAGUGUCGCUCCAUCAGGGACAUUAAGGGGCGGCUUCUUCCACCGCCAGAGGAACAACACAAAACAGAUUCAAAAAACGUGAGGUCGGGCCCUCGUUCCCAGGGCCCUCAAAAGUAUGGGAACAACAAAGUCCAGGGGGGAAAGAAAGAGGUCCUGUCAGAAGAUACACAAGAGUGGACCUGCACGCCGCCAGACAAUCAACUUACUUGCACAAAUGUUUCCUGUUUUUAUGCUCAAUGUUGGGAUGCUGCUAACUUUAGCUUGGCUGUGAUUGCGCGAAUGCCUAGCAAAGUGGCAGUUAUUGAUUGCUGCCUGAAGGUUACCUCGAAUCAGCAUGGUUUCACGCAUGCAGACUUUGCAUGGGACUGCCUGGAUUCAGACUCUUACAGUUCCUGCCUCACAGGGUCGUUUGGAAGAUGA